AUGAUUGCCCUCAACCGAAGUAGCCAGCCGGUCAGGCAGACUAUGGACAAGCGCCUUGAGACGGGACCAGGCGUCGUCUGCAGCACCCAGGUCCUGGACUCCAGGACGGCCCUGGAUAUGAGUCAGGGCGCGAUGGGUCAUCAGAUAUCCCCAGGUAGCUUUGUCGGACAAGGCAUGGCGCAGGUCCAGGUGGUAUCCGAAGCCGGUCAUGGGGGCAGGUAUAGCACCCACAAACUCCCGACAGUAGACAGCGGGAUCAAUAAUAGUAUGACCGUUCUGGCGGCCCUGGUCCGCCAGCUGAGAAAGAAAGGACUCGUGCAUCGCCGAGCCGGAGAGAUAGCCCGCAUCCGUACAGCGAGGCACACGCUGAAGCGACGGCGGGCCGAUACCCAGCAGAGCCGGGGAGCCCGCCAGCGCAACGAAAAGACAAAUAUCCAGAUCGAGGGCCUGCGCCGCGGCCGCAACAGGCUCAACGAUUUUGCCGGCCAUGCUCCAGGCCAGCACGAUCACGGAUGGGGCGAGGUUGUGCUCGUCGACGGUGGUCUUGAUCACUUCGGCGACCUGCCGGCCCCAGUCCCGUAG